AUGUAAUAAGUUAACGCUGUAAAGUAGCAAAAAUAAGUAUCUGUGUUUUAAUAACCUUAAAAAGGUAAACAAACCUAAAAAAAGAAUAAAUAGGAUACAUAAGGUGAUAUUAAACAAGAGCAAUUAGAUUAAAACAAAUCAAAAUAAUAGUAAGCUUCUAUUGUGUUGGAUAAAAAUAAACCUGAAUCAUAAUUCUCUAAAGGAACUUAAAUAAUGAAGGAAAGUUUAAAGUCAUCCCAAAAAUCACAAACUCUGAGAAGUGAUAAAAAGAGAUUUACAUAAAAUAGAACAUCUCAAAAUAAUUAGACUCUAAUUUUACUAUAGGAAAAUCAAAUUAAUGAGAAACCAGCUAAAGAUGAAGAAUCAGUAUCAGAACAAUAUAAUACAUAUAAUGUAGAAUAAGAGCAUUCAAUGAUUAUUUUAAAUGAAGCAUUAACAAGAUAAGCAUCAAAAAAAGCAUUUGAGCAAUUAUUAAAAGAAAAUGAGUCAUAUAGAUUAGAUGCAUCUAAUUUUGGAGAUUUUGUUGAUGAGGGUUAACAUAAUAAUAAAUAAUAAUAAUAAUAAAGAGAAGAAUAAGAAAUUUAAAAUGAACAUAAAAAAAAUAAUCAAAUAAUUAUUACAGAAGAAAGUGAUAAUUAAGAAGAAGAUGAAGAGGAUAUUGAAAUGCUAUAUGAAAAUCUAGCUCAUGAAGAAAGUUAAAAUUAUAAUAUAGAAUUGAAAGUAAAUCAUAAUUUUAAAUGGUUAUUUAUGGAAAUAAAAUACUACUAAGAUAAUAACAAAUUACUUUAUAUUAGAAAAAUAUUGUUUUUGCUUAUUGUUGGUUUUGAGAUUUGUUGUUAUCAUUUAUUAUAAUGGACAGCUUUUGAUCUAUAUGAAAUGUUUCUGACAUUAACAAAUAUUAUUUUGUACCUUAAUAGAUAAUCUAAUAAAUAAAUAUAAUAAUAUUAAUAUGUAUUAUGUGCACUUUAUUUUAUUGAUUCAUUAAUUCAUUUAGCUGGUUAAGGAUUUAAGAAAUAUAUUUCCUCAUUUUGGAAUAUCUAUGACUUUUUAAUUUUAAUAUUAUAUUUUCUAUUCCUUAUAGAAAAUGAAUAUAUACCAUUUGAUGUAUCAACUUUUCGAUUGAUUCGUAUUCCAUUUUAUGUAAGUAAGAUUAGUAAUACUUUAAACAUUAUGCUUAUGUCAAUUUAAGAAGCUGUAAAGUAGAUAGUUGAAAAUAUCUUAAUACUUAUAUUAUUUACAAUUCUCAUUGCCUUGAUAAUGUUAUAUGCAUUUAAUGGAGUUAUUAGAUAUCGUUGUAUGAAUGAAGAAUUAGGUAUUUUUUCUUUAGAGAAGUUUGAAGAAGAUGUAUGUGGUUAUGUUGAAUGUGAAUAUGGUUAUGUUUGUGCUCGACAAUUAAGUAAUUUAGAUACACCAACCCAUUUUGAUGAUAUUAUUUUCUCUUAUUUUUAAACUAUCAGAACUAGUGUUGUAAAUGAUUGGACUAUAUCUAUGUAUGUAUUAAUGAAAUAGUUUAAUCCUCUAGUAUGUAUCUUAUAUAUCUUUAUCAUUUUUGCAAUUAAUAAGUUUUAUUUUCAAUUAUUGAUUGCUGUAUUAAAAGUCAGUUAUCACAAAACUUAAGAAUAUUAUGUUAAAAAUCCAAUCAAACCUGAGUUUUAUGAAGAUUAAAUUAGUGUAAAUCUAUACAAAUUAAAGACUAUAGGGAUGUGGUAGUAUUACUAAACAUCCUAUAAAAAUUAUUUAAAAGGGAAAUGUGGUAGAUUAAAUAGUAAAUCCUUCUCAAAUAAUUCUUAAGGUGAACCUAAUACAAAAGGAUAAAAAUAUAUAUUUCCAGAAAUUGUUAAUUAAGAAUAAACAAAAUUGUUAUCAGCUAGAUAAAAAAAUGAAAUGAUAAAUGAAAGACAAUUAAUUUAAAAAUAAUAUACAUUUUCUAGUUGGAUAAUUUUCAUCCUAUUUCCAGAUCAUAAACUUUAAAAUCAAAUGAAAAAUCUAAUUUAGGCAAAUGAAUUUUACUUUAAUGAACCUCAACUCUAUUAUACUUUCUUAAGUAUUGAUUAUCUCAGUCUGAAUAAGUAAAUAAUAAAAGGAUCCCCUAAUUAAUUUAAUUCUAUUCAAGAUUUGUAAAUAUCUAUUGUCUAAUCAAAAUUACCUACUCAUAAUAAAAUUAAAAGAUCUUCUAAAAUACAUAUACAUUAAAAUUAUGUAAUGGAUACAAAAAAAUAGUAAACAAAAGAUAAUUCAAAAAAAGAGAAACAUAUAUUUCCAAUUAGAAAAUCAAAUUUCUAAAAAAAUUAUGGAUAAAUUGUAUAAAUUAAUGAAGAGAAUAAUAUAUCAGUAAGAGAUUUAAGUGAUGAUGAAAUGAAUUCUAAUUUUGAUCAUUCUAGAUUUGAGAAAUAAUAUCAAUAAGAUAUUCCAUAAAAUAAAAAUUAAAAGAAUUUAUAAUAGUUUUAUACCUAAAGAUUUCAAUAGAGUACCUAAGUUAGUAAAUCUAUACCUUAAUUAUCAAAAUUCAUUUUUAUUGAUGGAAUAUAAUUGCCAUAUUAAUAUAUAGAAAAGAUUAUAAAUGCAGAAAUGAAAAUAGAAAUUUAAGAAAUUAAAAAUUAUGAAGAAAAAUAUUAAAUUAAAAUAUCCUAAAUAAGUGAAGAUGUUUAUAUAUAAAAAUGGUCAGGAAAUGAUCUAAUUAAAAAUUAUAAAGCUGAUUCUGUUAUAAAUUUUAUAAAUAGAGGAUGGAAUUAUUAUUUUGCAAAAGGAUUAAUGUUUUAUUUUGAAUAUAUUAAAUUUUGGUUAGGAAUAUUUAUUACUCAGUAAAUUGUUAUAGUAAUAAUUGAUAGUUUUGUAUGUAUUGAUACAUUACUAAUAGCAUUUUCAGAUUAUUAUGAUUCAUCCAUUUCAGAUUUCUUUGAUUUAUCAGUAAAUAUUUUAUUGGUUUUAGAGAUGCUAAUUAAAUCAAUAUGUAUAAAGGGAUAUUUAUAUAAAAUUAGUAAUAUUUUAGGAUGUUUAGUAAUUACAAUUUCAGCUAUUGAAAGAAUUUUGACUCUUACAAUCUAUUAAGAUGAAGAAGUUUUAAUUGAAAGUUUCACUUAUAUUAGAAUUUUAAAAUCAUUAUUCUUUUUUAGAGUUAUUAAAUAUAAUACAUUUGCUUAAAAUAUGAUGAUGAUUUCAUAUUAAACAUUCCCUAAUUAUGCUGUUAUGACAUUAUUAUUAUUCUUUUUAAUAUUAAAUUAUGCUGUAUUUUCAUUGUAGAUUUUCAAUUUUCCAAAUAGUGGUGAAUUGGCAUUAUUUCAUUAUUUUGGAAAUAUUUAUUAAUCUUGGAUUGCUGUAUAUGAUAUAUCAACAAGUGAUGAUUGGUAUGGAGUAGUUAUUUUGAGUACAACAUAUAGUGCUUCAUAUAUAGCAUUUCUAUUUUGUAUUUCUUUAGUAUUUAUAGUCAAUUAUUUUGGAUUUGGUUUAGCUUUUGUAAUAAUUUUAGAUGGAUUUGCUAGUUAUUUAGAAAAUGUUGAGGAAAUUGAAGAAGAAAAAAUAGAUUAAUAAGAUAAUAAUUAAACUAAUAAUUCAAUUAAAAUUAAAAAAGAUUUUACUCUAAAUAACAUUUUGUCUUCAUUAAUAUAACCAGAAGAGAAUGAAAAAUUCAAAAAUAUAAAAAAUUCAUAUUCAUUAUAUCUUAUAUCCAAAAAAAAUAGAUUUAGAAAAUUAUGUUUUACAAUUACUGAAAAUUAAGUAUUUUAAUUAUUGAUGAUUAUAAUAUUAUGGGGUAGUUUAAUAAAUUUAAUAGUAAUUACUUAUACUGAUUAAUAUAGACAUGAAGAAUGGAAUAUUUGUGAAAUAAUUAAAUUGAUUUGUAAUUUAAUUAUACUAAUUGAUGGAAUAUUGUAAAUUAUAACAUAUGGUUUAUUAUCAGAUGAUGGUUAUUUUAAAAGUAUAUGGGUAUUUAUUGAUUUUGUUUAUGUUAUAUGUUAUUUUAUACAUUUAACAACUUAUCAUGAAGCAUUAGAAUGGAUCCUCUUUUUAGGUUAUUUAAGACCAUUAAAAGUCACAUCAACAUAUGGUUUUUUUAUAAAUGAAAGAGGAGCUAUAAUGAAAUCAUUGGGAGAUAUAAUUUCUAUAUUUUAUGUUGUAUUAUUAUUUUGGUUUAUAUUUGCAAUAUUUGGUAUGACAAUAUAUAGGGGGAAAAUGGGUUAUUGUGGUGAGGCUACAAAUUAUGGAAUUAGUAAAGAAGAAUGUGAAGAGGAAAAGGAGGAAUGGAUUGUUUAUUAAUAUAAUUUCGAUAAUAUAUUGGAGGCUAUGUAAUCAUUAUAUGUAUUAUCAACAUUUGAUCUAUGGGCUUAAACUUUAUUUAUUUGUAUAAAUAGUGCCCCUGAAACUACUGGACCAAUAAGAUUCAAUAAUGAAUGGAUAUCUUAUUUAUUUUUUUUUUCAUUUACUUUUGUAGGUACAUUAUUUUUCCUUUAAUUUUUUGCUGGAGUAAUAUUUGUAAAUUUUUAAUAAAAUAAAUCAUAAUUACUUAAUCCAGAUUUAACUUUAGAUUAAGAAUUAUUUAUGAAAUUAUCUGAUAUAAUAAUGUAAGAUACACCAAAUUAUUCAAAACCUCCUAAAAAAGGUUUAAGAUUGAGAGCAAAGAAAUUAUUAGAUAAUAGAUACUAUAUAUUUAUCACUAAAUACAGUUUGUUAUUAAAUUUAUGUAAUUUAAAAUUAAUAUAUUUUUAGUAAUUCUUAUGUUAUUAUAUGAAUCUGCAAGUAAUCAUUAUUUGAAUAUACUGAAUGGAUUCCAUCACUUUUUUAGUUUUAUCUUAAUAAUAGAUUGUAUAGUAAAAUUGUUUUCAUAUCACAUAAAAAGAUAUUUUGAUGAUAUUUGGAGAUAAAUGUAACUAAUAUUUGUGAUUUGUGCAAUUAUAGAUUUUUGGUUGGAUAUUGAAAUUGGUUUAUUUAUUAGAUAUGUAAGAGCAAGUAGAGAUGAUCCAUAUUUUGUAUGGCUUAGAUUAUUUAUACUUCAUAGAUGUUUACGAAUGACUUUGAAUAUACAACAAUUUACAAGAAUAAGAAAAUUAUUGAAUGUAAUAUAUUUUAAUAAGAUGGCCUUAUUAAGAAUUUUAGGUUUAUUUGUAACAGUAUUAUCAUGUUAUUCUUAUAUUGGUUGUGAAUUAUUUUAAAAUAUAGAGACAGGAUUUAUGAUGAAUGAUUAAUAAAAUUUCACAAAUUUUUUCUUUGGAUUAAUAGUUACAUUUAAAUGUACUAUAGAAAAUGGAUGGAGAUUUAUAUAUUAAGAUACAUUAUAACAUAUGAAAGAACAUCAUGAACCUUGGAUUAUAGCUUAAAUUUAUUAUUAUAGUUUAAUAUUUGUGGGAGCAAGAGUUUUACUUAAUUUAAUAGUUUGUGAACUUGUUUAAGAAUUUGAAAAGUUUUAUGAUACUAGUAGUAGUUGUGUAGAAACUUAUGUUGAAACUAUAGAUAAAUUUAGAAAUUUAUGGUGUAAAUAUUCUGAAGAAUUUUAAGGAACUAAAAUUUAAACUAAAUAUUUAGCUCAUUUUCUACUUGAAUUAGGAGAACCAUUAGGAGCAUAAAAAGGAGAUAAUAUUUGGGAUGCUGCAAAACAUGCUUCAGAAUUUGAAUUGAAAAAAGAUUUUGAUGGAUGUCUUACAUUUAGGAAUCUACUUUAUGAAGUAUUUAAAGCAACAUUUAAGAAAAGUAUUUUCAAAAUAAGUACUAAAGCUGGAAAAUAAAUAAUGAAAAACAAUGAUAAAAAAAUUAAAUAUCGACUUUAUAAUUAAAGAAACUCUCAUUAUAGAAGAGAAGUAUGUAGUUAAAUUGUAGAUUUAUAAAGCAAUUUUAAUAUUCUAUAAGAGUAUUUAUAUUUAUAUAUGGCAAUAAAAGCAUGGAAAGCUUUUUCAGAACAUUUUUUCAAGGCAGCAGAAUAAAUAAGAAAUACUAUUGAAUAUACAGAAAGUGAUGUUAAUGUUGAAAUAUAGAAAUUCAGUUAGAUUUUUUGUUAAGGAUAAGAUGGUGAUAUUUAUAAUGAAUAAGAUUAAGAUGAUAAUGAAUAAGUUUUAUAAUAUAAUCCUGUUAUCAGAUAAAAAAAAAGAAGACCAUCUGCUGAACAUUUAAGAAGACCCACUGAUGUUUAUAUAUUACCAUAUUAUGAUGAAUAAAGAUGUAUUGAUAAAAGAGCUUUUGAUAUUGACGUAAAAAAUGAUAAUUCUAAAUAUUUACUGAAACCUACUGAUUAAAAAUAAUAAAAUAAAUUAAAAUCUAUCUCUGUAAUUAAGAAAAAAGAAUAAUUAAUAAAAUAUAAUGAAUAUAAUAAAAGAAGAGAUGCUAUUGAUAAAUAAAUUUAAUCAAGAAAUAAAUAUUUAUAUGGAUAUCAUGAUAAAAUGAUUUUAAGAUAACCUAUUGAUGAUAAAUAAAUCAUGUCACGUUUAGAUCCAAUGAAAGUGCCUAGUAAUUAUAAUAUAAUGAAAAUUGGUUCAAGAUUAAAAUGA